CAAAAUUUGUCUACGCUUUCACGUGGUUUACUCUUUCCGUUUCAAAUUGCUUAAAUUUUCGCAAAGUUAACUACAGGUAGUACUAGUGUAGAGUAGCCAUAGACACGAGCAUAGACACUGUAGCAUCACCAGUUCACUGCGCACCGACAGCCAAACUAGCACCGGGACGCGGGAUCCGAGGCAGACGCCCAUGGCCGACGACGAGGUGGUCGUAGCGUCCGCGGAGGAGUCGCUGACCACUCCGCUGCUCGAGCCAGCGGCGAGCCCCGGCGACCCGUCGGUGGAGGUGAGUCUGUACCGGCGGGGCGCCGGCCCGGCCAAGGUCUUCCGAUCGGGCCUGAGGGGCCCUCGCCGCGACCGCCUCGACGUGCGCGGCAUCCAGGCAGAGCACGGGCUCCGCUCCCUCUUCGCCUUCAAGCCCGGGGUCUCCCGCCGCGGCCUCCGGAUCCGGCCCGACCCGGCGACCGGCCACUCCGCCGUGCCCUUCCGCGACGGCGCCGCCAUCGCCCUCGACGGCGAGCCCAAGGUGCAGGUGUCGUGGACCAAGCCUGCGUUGAUGAUCGUCGUCGGCCUGCUGGUGCCGGCGGUGUUGGCUGUGGUGGCUCUCAACUGGGUGCCGGAGUCGCUACUGUCGUCGAGCGUAGUCAACGCCCUCUUCUCGCCGUGGAUCCUCGCCAGCGCGGUCAUCGUCUUCGUCCGUCUCAGGAUGCGGCCACAAGCUCCUCCAUGGAGCCGAGCUACUGUAAUGUAAUAAUAGCUCUCCUUUGUACUAUCAAGAAGAAGCUCCUGUUAUCUCUAUUCUCUUCAGAAAUUAUGUGCAAUGGAGACAAAAUUGCAGAAUAAAUGUGUGCAGUUUGCUUCAACGCAAAUAAUCAUCUUUGCUGA